AUGACAGUACGAAUCACUCAGAAGUAGUCACGUGAACGCGGCAAUGAUUCAACAAAACCGUCUAUCCACUUCUUGAAUGCGAGACUUCCCAGUAGAAGAGGACCAAAGAGCACAGUUAGGAUCAGUUUCAAUCGGCUCAAAAGACCUUAAUUUUCGGGGCAGUAUUUAAUUAGAAAAAAACGAAAUAUUCCUUCAAGGAUAAUUAUCGAGCGAUGAUGCGUAUCGUCGUUUGGACGGCCUUGGUCGUGGCCUUAACUAAUGCCGAAUUGUUGAGAACUCCAUUGUAUAAGAUACAAACCGUUCGAAGGAAGUUGCAAGAAGUUGAUACUGAAGUUCAACAGGUCAAGCUUCGAUAUGGCGGCCCUAAUCCAGAACCUUUAUCAAACUAUUUGGAUGCUCAAUAUUAUGGUGUCAUUACCAUUGGCUCUCCUCCACAAACAUUCAAAGUAGUUUUUGACACUGGUUCAUCAAAUCUUUGGGUGCCAUCCAAGAAGUGCCAUGUUACCAAUAUUGCGUGUUUGCUUCAUAAUAAAUACAACAGUAAAAAAUCAUCUACGUACCAACCAAAUGGUACUGCCUUUGAUAUUCAUUAUGGAUCUGGUAGCUUGUCUGGUUUUCUUUCUACAGAUACUGUGACUCUUGCUGGAGUUGAUAUUGUAAAUCAAACGUUUGCUGAAGCAAUAAGUGAACCUGGUUUGGCAUUUGUAGCAGCAAAGUUUGAUGGGAUUUUGGGCAUGGCAUAUGCUAGAAUUUCAGUGGAUGGUGUAACACCAGUUUUCUACAAUAUGAUUAAACAAGGUCUGAUCUCCCAUCCCAUUUUCAGUUUCUACCUAAACAGGGAUCCAUCAGCAGAAAUAGGUGGAGAGAUGAUUUUGGGUGGAUCGGAUCCUGAUCAUUAUAGUGGAGAUUUCACAUACGUUUCAGUUGAUCGCAGAGCUUACUGGCAAUUUAAAAUGGACAAGAUUCAGAUUGGCGAAAAACUAUUCUGUAAAAAUGGUUGUGAGGCUAUCGCUGAUACUGGCACUUCCUUGAUUGCGGGACCUGUUGAAGAAAUUGAAGCUUUAAAUAAAAAAAUCGGUGCUACUCCAAUCGUAGCAGGCGAGGCAAUGGUUGAUUGUAAUUCUAUUUCAAAUUUGCCGAAUAUUGACUUCAUUUUUGGUGGAAACAAUUUUACCUUGUCCGGUGAAGAUUACGUUUUAAAGAUUAAGCAAUUUGGCAAAACAAUUUGCUUGAGCGGAUUCAUGGGUAUUGAUAUUCCACCACCAAAUGGACCGCUAUGGAUCUUGGGAGAUGUAUUCAUUGGUCGCUUUUACACUGAAUUUGACAUAGGAAAUAAUCGUGUAGGAUUCGCUGUUGCUAAAUAAGUAGUUUACCAUAAUCAAAAAGUGUUGCUUCUUUCUGAAUGCAUAUUAUGUCUGCGUGACUAAUACAUGUAUAUUUAUGAACAAAAAGAAGUAAAAGACCAUAGAGUUAUAAUGAAUAAUAUAAGUAUAUUUUCUGAAUAAUGGAAAGGCGUAACUAGACCUUUGUGAUAGAAAUUGGAUUGCAAGGAAAACAUUGGAUAUAGUGUUCGUAUUUACUGUUUUGUUCAUUGCAAUCGUAUAUUGAAAAAAUAUUGAAAUAAUUCAAUACUGAAAAUGUCAAAUAUUUGUAUUUGUUAAAUACAUCAAAUAUAAUUACUGUAAACUGCCUUCUACUGUUUAAUACAUGUUGCAAUCUGAAUACACUGGAUUUAUUGAAUGUAUUGGAUGUAAUCAAAACUAUCUAACAAUCUUUGCCACUAUUGCAAUUCUUAAUUCCUUAUCCUUUAGGUUGAAAGUAUAUAGUUAUCUAUUGGUGGUACCACUUGCCUAAAAAAUCUUGUCCUAACAGAAUAAAUGAAUAGUAUCUAUUCUUUUUUAAACGCAUUAUCUAUUAAAAGAUUGGUAUGCCGAUUUAUGAGAAUUAAUUGUAUAUAACUAUGUAAUUAAACAUAUUCUGUGCUUGUGCGAUUGGUAAGUUUGUCCUCUGUACUUCCAUUAAAUUAUAUUAUGUUAGUGUUAA